AUGCAUAAUGCCCCCUACAAGCUUAUAUUACCUGCCCUGCGAACUGGUAGCUAUUGUCACAUUUCAGGCAGUCUGCUUGCGUUCGUGGAUGAUAUGGAAAUUCAGGAAGGGACAAAAUUUCUUAAGGAAUAUCGGUUCGGCUCGCAUACCAUACAGAUAUUCUUUUGCGGAAUCUGUGGUGCCAAUGUUUAUAACAAGUCGGUGAAUCCAAAGUUCAGAUAUGGUCAAUAUGCUAUUAAUAUACGCCUACUACACGAUAUUGAUUUGGAAACCAUAGAAAUCAGCAAGGGUGAUGGAAAGAAUAUUCAUCUGCCACCUCUAGAAAAGAAUCCGAUUUAG